AUGACCUCGGCGGCGCUCAUCUGCGCGGCCGCCGCCAGCUUUCUGGUCGGCGGCGGCCCUCGGGCGCCUGCGGCGCUGCCGCGUGCGAGCCGCAUCAUCGCCGCAAUCGACUACAAGGACCCGGCGGUGGCCGCCGAGUUCCAAAAGGUGCAGGAGCGGCCGAUCGAGCUCGUCGAGGCCGAGAUCGAGAAGAGCGGCGUCCCGGUCCCUCCGUCGCUCAACGAGAUGGACAUGCGGCUGAUGCUGGUGGAGCUGCGGAUGCGAAAGGCGGGGACGAUGCCGGGCGGCGGCAAGGCGGCGCCGAAGAAGCCUGCGAACUACGGCUCAAAGUACGAGGAGGCGCUCUGGGAGAAGCCCGCCUUCAAGCGCCUGAUCGACGACUACCGCGCGCGCGGCAACACAAACGCGCUCAACCUCGCGACGUCCAAGUGCCAUGAGGUGCGCCUCUAG